UCAUCAGUGCACAGCCGGUAUGAAUGUGGCAGCGGGGUAGAUUACACACACUCUCUCCGAGAUGAAUUAGCUGUGCUUCAAGUGGAUUUUUCACCGACACUACCUGGACCUCUCCGCAUACAUGUGUCCUAAAUGUAGAAAAUGGCAACGACACUGUCACACUUUUUGUUUGACUUGUACACAGUGGGGUCUUCUAAGAAAGUUGAAUUUCCAAUAUGGUUGGAGAGGUUGUCGUUGUCGAGCGGGUUGUUGUCAUGUCCCCGCAGUGCCUGUAGUGGUGCUGUGAGGGAGUCUGCUGUGGAUCUGACAAAAUCCUUAGCAGCCUACCUACUGCCUAUAAUUUGAUCGAGCGCUUAUUUUACAUGCAUCCGAAAAUGAAGCUACACCAAGCCCAAUGAAGAUCGCUUGUGUUAUUCUAUCUCGGAUAUCGAUGCACGGAUAGCCUAGCUGAUCGUAAUAGACAUUUCGGCCGUCUAUCUGGAGCGAAUACCGUACAAGGGCCCAUACCAGUUGAAGCUGAUGUUGUCAAGGACAAGAGUCACGUGAUGUAUGAAGGCAAACACAUACACUUCUCCGAGGUGGACAAUAAGCCCUUGUGCUCAUACAGCCCAAAGCUCUGCAAGCAACGCAGACUCAAUGGCUAUGCUUUCUGCAUCCGGCACGUUCUGGAGGACAAGACGGCGCCGUUCAAGCAGUGUGAAUAUGUGGCCAAGUACAACAGUCAGCGGUGUACCAACCCCAUCCCAAAGUCAGAGGACCGCAGGUACUGCAACAGCCACCUGCAGGUCCUUGGCUUCAUUCCCAAGAAGGAACGCAAGAAGAAACAUGACGCCUUGGAGGAAAUGCGUUCCCAGGCACACCUGGAGUCAGUGGCUCUCAACAUAACAGUGCCGUCUUUACCUCUGAAAGCUUCCAACGGUCUAAACGAACUUCCACCGUCGCCCCCCUGUGCGCGCCUGUUGGCCCUCUCCGAUGGGGACAUCCUGGACCCGUUUGCCUUUUAUGAGGGCGACACAGACGGGGAAGAAAUAGGCCCCCCUCGGAAAAGCAGCAGCAUCAAGAAGAAGUUGCAGAGUCGGCUGGUGCUGAACCAGAAAUUCUGCCAGGACACGGACCGUUUCCAGACGCCCUCUGAGCACUUUAGUCCCUCCCCUGUCCCCCGCGUCCACCCUCCGUCACCUCUCAGCACGCACCCCCCACGGCAGCAGUCAGGUCUUCUCCAGCCGCCCCAGCAGCAGGGUCUAUUAUGCAAUCCACCACCACCUCAGACGGCCAACUUUUUGCCUCCAGGGAUACCUGCUAAUGCAGCACCCAGUCCGGCGCACCCUUCGGGGCCGUCGCUCGGCAGGAAAACACCUUUUGCUUCCAGUCACAUGGUCAUCAUGCGGCCCGCCUCCUACUCGCCUUCGGCCCGCUGUCUGGCCAGGUUGCAACAUCUGGUACAACUGUGCGCCAAGAGACACCAGGAAUAUGGAGACCUCUUUCCUCAUUUAGGAUUGGACUGGUCGGAGGACAGCGCAAAUAGCGAUGACGAAGAAGAUGAAGCUGAAGGAUUUAUUCCUGGCCUGAGCUCUUGGAGACCACCAAACAGGCUGGAGGAAGAUGGGGGCUCCUCCCGUAGGACACGGCUACUGAGGCUCUGCUCGUACCUGCAGAAGAAGUACAAGCACAUGUGCAGGCAGGAGAGGGCAAGUAUCCGCCAGAAGAGAUACCGUUAUGCCUUCCGCAAAGCCUUGCUGCACGCUGCCAGUAAAAACCCUGAUUGUGCCGGGCAGCUGAUCCGGGAAUUGCACACUUCCUCUCACAGCACAUCAAGUGCUGGAUCAGAACAUCACCACAGUGGGUCGCCUCCAAGACGGCAGAGCGUGGACACAGGGACGUGUACGGGCGCCACUAAGGGCCAGGCAUGCAACAACAGAGCGCUGCCCUUCACCAAACACUGUUUUCAGCACAUUCUGCUGAAUCGCUCCCAGCAGCUGUUUGCAAGUUGCACGGCCAAAUUCGCAGAUGGUCAGCAGUGCUCCAUUCCUGUGUUCGAUAUCACGCACCAGACACCGCUCUGCGAAGAGCAUGCCAAAAAGAUGGAUAACUUCCUACGCGGGGAUGGCAAUCGACGAGUGCAACAACAACAACAUCACCACCAGCAGCAACAGCAGCAGCACCACCAUCACCAGCGUAAGCCACGCAAAAAGACCAAACCGCCGGCACUCACCAAAAAACACAAGAAGAGGAGAGGGCCAAGGAGGCCUCAGAAACCCAUUCCUCCCGCGCUGCCUCAGGGGAACCUGGGAAUGCCGCCGAUGAAUCUCGCCAUGUCCUCACAGGCCAGCAUCAGGAGCCCCUCCACCCCAGAACUGAGUACGGACGAGCUCCCCGACGACAUUGCCAAUGAAAUGGAAGACAUUCCCAACGACCUGGAGCUCAAUCAGGAAGAUUUUUCUGAUGUCCUACCCAGGCUACCGGAUGACCUUCAGGAUUUUGACCUGUUUGAAGGUAAGAACGGAGAGCUGCUGCCCACCACAGAAGAGGCCGAGGAGCUGGUGCGUGCUCUGCAGGCCAUGGGGUCCUACCCGGACUCCUUGGUGUGCCUGACCUCCAUAGGAGACCUCGCCUCGUCAGAAGGAGUGGACCACCGAGCCAUGGCCGUCUUUCCCAGCGCAGUGCAGCCAGGGGGGAUGGGGGACAUCCUCAACAGUCGCAUCUCAAGCGAGAACUUCCCCAGCCUGGAGUUAGAGGACAAUCUACUGCAGUCCACGGGGGGCCACUUCCCUCCCUCGCCGCCAUCUCAGCCCACAGACUUGCCGCAAACGUCGUCCACCUCGUCGGCCGCUCCCCCCACCACCUCGUUGCUCACUCAGGCGGCAGCGCGCCUGUUUCCUCGUGUGCACCCUCCCCACAUCAAGUCGGAUGUGAUGUCGUCGUCGCCGCAAGGCGGCCGCUACAGCGAGCACGUGCCGUCCCCGUACAGCGACCAAAUCCCUUCGCCCCACGCCAGCCCCUUCCACACGGACGCCCCCCUCCUGCUGGAGGUGCCUCUCAGCGGUGUGCGGGAGCCCCCGCGCUCCUCUUGGAGCAACCUCCCGCUUGCCGACCCGACCCAGUUUGGGAAUCUCAUCGGAUCAGAAAGUCAUCUCAUAUCCACCUCCCUCUCCACUCCCCCCGCCACCACCCACUCUGUGACGCUGCAGCAGCCCAUGGCGGCGCUCUCGGCCAUGCCUCAGAGCGGCCUGACGGGCUUAGCCGCGCCUCCGGCGCCGCUGCCGCCAUCGUCGUCGACCAUGCUCCCCCUCGCCUCCUCACACGACCCCCUGACAUCAGCGCAGCCUAAACUGCAACUCCCACAGUUCAGUGCGGCCUUCGGCCACCAGUUGGCCUGCCAUAGCGGCAUCCCCAACGACGUGCAGCCCAGCCACAGCUCCACGGCGCCGCCCGCUGGCUUCUCAAUCGUUGGCGCCGGUGCAAGUGCCAACGGUGCGGCGACGCCUUUCACGCAGAGCAACUGAACGUGGACUCACUCCUUCUCCUCCUCCUCCCACCUGGAACCCGCUCACCUCGGCGCCACGUGGUAACGGUGCACUAUUUGAUCAUGACUUUGCACAACAUCAUCACCUUUCUCUUUUUAGCAGCCGGCCAGUCUGGGCGGGGGGGAUUCAGUCCGCUUGUUCGAUUCCUUGUGAUUUCAUCAGCCGGGCAGGCGUGGGGGCGGAACAGGAGGGGGGGUUACAGAGAUGUAAUUAGCGGUGAAAGAAGGAUGGCAACUGACCGGAAUACAUCUGCCUGUUUUCAUUCCUGAGCAACGACACCAUCUUUUUAAGUUCACGAGCGCACGUGACUGCGUGGUUCAAUCUCUGAUCUCAACACAGUCAUGAAUUCACCAAAAUCCUUUUUAAAACUCUUUUUAUAUUGUCUAUGCUGUAUAUGUGCUCAUUUAUUGCUUCUUAUUAUUAUUAUAAAUGUCUGACCUCACUGUUGGUUGUGCAAGUGAGCUGCCCAGUAUACACACACACACACACACACACACACAGGUUACUGAAUACUAAAGCAAUAAACACAUUGACGUCAGCGUUGCAUUGCACUGCAGGAUGUUUUAUUGGUCAGGUCACAUGUAGCCUCACCUGGUGGUGUUGAUCAGGUGGUUUGUUUGUUUUAUUUUUGCCCAGCUCAUCACUUCUGUACCGCGCUCACACUCUAUUAUUAUUAUCUGUUAUUUUCUUUAGUUUAACAUUGUAUAACGGAUGCUGGCUCGUAUGGCUGCGCAAUGUGUAAAACCUCAAUUGAGUUGCAACUAUUAAUUUAUUUUUUUUUUAAUUUAAAAAUGUUAAGAAUGAUCCGACUCCAGCUUCUCAAAUGUGAUUAUUGAUCCACUCUUUGAGUUUUAGGCAAAACAACAUAUCACACACAUCAGCUCUGACUUUGGAAAACGGUGAUUUUUUGUGUUUGGUUCACAUGUAUAUCAAAUAUUGGGACUGUCGAGGGUUCCAAACCCAUGAAUCAAAGCAAGCUACACAUGUAUCAACUUAAUGCCACCCUAUGGGACUAAUGGGACGACACAAUCAGAGCUAAAAGGUACUACAAUUAAGGCAAAAUAUUACAAGAAAAGUGUAAUUCAUGAAGAGAAUAUUACUAUUAAGUUACACUUUGUUACUAAGGUCUGCAUUAAAAUGAAAGAAGCACUACACUCGGCUGUACCUUCAGUGAUAGCUAACAUUAGUAGCAGAACUUUUUAAAUUUUCCAAACAUAACCAUGGCCGUAACUAAUUAUUUGCAUAGCCGAUCAAUGUGGAGCUUGUUGUAUGGGUUAAUGUGUGAGGGCGUAGAUCCAUAUGAACCAAACACAAUUUGCCUAAAACGCAAAGAUCAUGGGUUUUCUUUCAUGAAUGACAAAGGAAAUCACAUUUCAGACGCUGAUAUUAAAAGCUGAUUUUAAAUUUUAAAAUGUGACUUCAACACCAAAACACUGGUCGACUCAGUGAAUAAUCGAUUACCAUAUUUUCUGGACUAUAAGUCGCACAAGGCCAAAAAAUGCAUAAUUAGGUAGAAAAAAAACAUACGUAAGUCGCACUGGACUAUAAGUCGCAUUUUUUGCAUGUAAUUUAUUUUACAAACUACUUACAAAACAGACAUUAAGUCCUCUUGGAAGACGAAUUCUAACAAUAAAAGAAUAGAGAACAGGCUGAAUAGGUGCAAUCUAUGCUAACAUAAUUGUUAUUCAGCUACACAAAAAAUAAACAUGAACAGAAAAGUUCAACCUAUGAAAAAAAAGUGCGACUCAUAGUCCGGAAAAUAUGCUAAUCAUCAAUUAAUUGUAACAUCUUACGUACCAAACGCAGGAAGCGGUGGGAUAUAAUGCCAUUCAUACAUUGGAAUUUUGGUGUCACUUAAGCGCAGCUCUUAAUGUGUCGGGGAGUGAAGUUUUACACAAAUUAAAUGGUCGUGUCAACUUUGCAACGUCUUUGCAACAUCUCCCACCAUGCAAAAGGGUUGACGUGUUACGCAUAAUUGUUGGUUGUUUUUAAAAGCCGAUUUUAUACAUAAGUAAUGCAAAAUUUGGAUUUUAAUUGGGGGAAAAUGACCCGAGAACGGCAGGGCAGCGAUGGCUGUUUGGGUAGAUAUAUCAGGCGUUGUUGUGUAUCGCGUGUGUGUAGAGUAGCAGUUUCUAUCCCGGGGGUUUGUGGGUGAAUUCUUGAGUAGCAAAAACAGCUGGAAUAGUUGCCAUGUAUUCAGUGUAGAACGUAGAGCAAGUUGUUGAAUCAAAAAAACGGGUCGGUGGGCUCCGUUGGGUGACGGGAAUGGAUGGAUCGGUGUCUUGUUUGCCGUGCGGUUCGUCAUUUAGUCGUGGAAGUGUUCCGAUGAAGAAUAUUUUUUUAUAAUCCCUGGAGCGAUUGCAGAUGAAUAGUAGACGAGUCCAAGGUAUAAAUCAUAGGAAUAUAUGCAUUUCUUUUUAGUCUCGUACUUCAACAUAGAUUUUGCACAGAAGAGAAAGGAUUGAAGCCUGCCGUGUGUCACGUUUUCAUGUCUGUCCUGCUUUGCUUUUUUUUUUUUUUUUUUUUUUCAAAUUCCCAAUUCAACCAAGAUGUCCACAAAUGACCCGACGUCAUCAACUCACUUAUUUUCCAGAUCCGGUUCCGGAGACGCCCGGCUUCCCAGUUGACUGCAGUCUUAUUAUGUGAACUAAAAGACACAAACGUUUGCGUUAAGUGAGGUAAAUACUGCUGUAUCCGCGUAUAGCAUUAGUCGUCGCUGCGCCCCGAUUCUCCUGACAAAAAGUAACUGCGUGUAUUUCAAGAGAUGGCUGACAAAUUCCAUAUUCAUUUGAAUGUACCGUUGUAUGGUUUUGAAAAGCUACGGAUGAGCGAAAUUGAGUCACCUUUUGUUAUCGGUCUGUGUUUGUUUGUCUAAGGUAUUUUUUGUAUACAAAGGUUUACAUUUUUAUGUCUAUUUUUCUUGUGUACAAGUUAUGUAAUAUGUGUACAAACACUAUGUAAUAUCUGUAUAUAGUGUGAGAAAUUGGAUCUUUUGUUUUUGGAUGUAUAAAUAAAACUUGCUGUGAGGUAUUUGCUGACA